CUGCUCCCUAAAUUAAAUGUACUUUAUUACCUGAUUCCUGAGAAACUAUGAACAAAGUAUAAAAUUUAUAGGAAACAGUUCAAUUGGCAUAUCAUCCAAUAGAAAAACAGACUAUUUCUUAGUUUACAAUGCUCAUACAUGUGACCAUGUAAGUACAUGCAUAUGUGUAUAUGGAUGGUGUUCGCAAAAUGCAUUUGUAGAAAUAAUGGCUGACUAGUGGCUGUAAUCGCACACAGAAGCAAGCAAUUGUGCGGAUUUCAUUCGUAAUUUGAGUGAAACAAAGUUUUGCUUUGUAUUAAAGUAAACAGUAAACGACAAUAUACAGUUUCUUGUUUUGAAUCGAUAACACCAAUACCUAAGUAGCCAUGCGAGCUUACUGGUUUGCCUGAAUUUAAAAACGAGUGAAAUUUCGAAUAAAAUUUAAAAUUGUAUAUGUAUAUACAUAUACGUAUAUAUACACGCAUGCAUAUGCAUAUAUGUAUGAAUGUAAAAAUGAAGGGAAAAAAAUUCAUAAAUAGGAACGUUACAGUGAGACCGUUUUCUUUAUGAUGAGAUUUUUUGUCACCCAGUUGGAUGGAGACACUUUGCUUGAAGAAGGAAAGAUAACUUUGGUCGCGAUGCGACUUAAACGGUACAUUUCGCUUUUCUUUCUCAAAUUAACUAUAUUCGAGCUAUUUUUCUUCGUAUUUCAUUGAAUUUCUUUAAGUACUGUUUGAAACAUCUGACAUCAUGGUACAUAUACCAAGCGCGUAUACUUACAAUUUUUGGGCAAAGUCACCCACAGAAGUCGUUGAACUGACCUGUUUGAUGCCAAAUGGGGUCGUUAUACCAUUUGAAACAAAUCGUAAUAUUACUUUGGCUGAAAUUAAAGAGGACUUGUGGGAUGAAGCUAGCAAAUAUCCUCUUCAUGGUACAUUAAAAGAUGCUCCGUCCUAUGUAUUUUCAUGCAUCAAUUCUAAUGCAGAAGCAGAGGAGCUACGAGAUGAAACAAGACGUUUGUGUGACAUAAAACCAUUUUGUUCUGUGCUGAAAGUUAUAGAACGUGAAGGUGUUAAAAGUGAUAGAAAUCUAGACUCACAGAUUGGUCUCCUCAUUGGGAAAGGAUUGCAUGAAUUUGCGGCAUUGAAAAAUUCCGAGGUGAACGACUUCAGGUGGAAAAUGCGUGUAUUAGGAGAUGAAGUUGCAAUGGCAAGGCAAAAAAAGUCUUGGGUGGAAAAAGUACGUUAUCAGUUUCCCACGAGAUUAGCUCCAACCUCCACAGUACCAAAAAAUAUUGAAUGUCGAUUGAAAGAUGGCAAUAUCGUCCUUGUCACUAAAUUUGAAAACACCAAGACGGCCUUCACGUUUCAAACAUCACACACCACAACGCCGUAUCAAUUAUUGGUAACAAUUUUAAACAAACGAGCCAACACCUUGAUGUCUAGGGGGCAUCCGAAUGAUUUUACCUUAAAAGUUUGCGGACAAGAAGAAUAUUUAAUAGGAGAUUAUCCUUUGAUACAGUUCAGUUACAUACAAGAUUGUCUAGCGAAAGACAUUACUCCUACGUUGGUCACAUUAAGCAGAGACAGCGUCUCUGUUGAUCAAGAGAACACUGUAGAAAAUGCAGAAGCGGACGCAUUGCAACGUACAAGGCCCUCGUUUUCAACGUUAACCCUUCGGAAGAAGGGUAAACAUAUAUCGGCUUGGAAAAUCGAAGAACCUUUCGUUUUCACAGUUAAUGCAAUAUCGCGGCUGAAUUGCGAUGCCGCUCAUCGCACCGUGGAGAUUGGUCUCCAAGCUGGCCUUUUUCACGGUGGUAAAUCUCUGUGCGAAAGUCAGAAGACUAAAGAAACCGUCGUGAACGCCGAUGGUAGCUGCGAGUGGGAAGAAACGCUAAGGUUUGACAUUAAAGUGCGGGACAUACCGCGAAUGGCUAGGCUGUGCUUUGUUCUAUACGAAAUUAGCAAGACUGCAAAAGGACUGAAAAGUCGUAGAUUAGUUAGGGAUACUAAACAAGAAUUUUUUAUAAAUCCGUUGUGUUGGGCUAACACGACCAUAUAUGAUUUUAAGUCCCAGUUUAAAACAGGAGCGAUGACUCUUUACACGUGGACGUACGCGGAAGACAUGCAAAACGACGAUCUUCUUCAUCCCCUUGGAACGGUCGUGUCGAAUCCUCACAUCGAUAGAGCUGCUGCUCUGAUGUUAACGUUUCCAAAUUACGGAAAGGAGAAGUCCGUUCUUUAUCCGACACCGGAGAAGAUGGUGGAGUACGCGAGAAAAUUACGGGAAUCGUCUGCCGAACGUUCGAUUCAGGAAGAACCUGAUCAAGAAUCGGACGUUGGUAAACAGCUCCAACAAUUGGAGUUACUGAGAUCGUUGGCAGACAGAGAUCCGUUGCACGAGCUUCACGAGCAAGAACGUAAAACAAUGUGGACGUUGAGACAUCACUGCCUUCUAGAAAUUCCCACGCUUUUGGCUAAGCUGUUGCAUUGCGUGGAAUGGAAUGAUCAUAGGGAAGUAGCAGAAGCUACGGCGCUUGUACAGCAGUGGCCGAAAUUACCGGUCGAAAAAGCGCUUGAAUUAUUGGACUACGCUUACGCCGAUCAAAAUGUUCGAAGUUUCGCCGUCCGUUGUUUGAUGGACGUUAGCGACGAAGAUUUGAGCCUGUAUUUAUUGCAACUGGCCCAAGCAUUGAAACACGAGAAUUACUUAUCCUGCGAGCUAACGGAGUUUCUUCUCAGACGCGCGCUCAACAAUCGAAGAAUCGGUCAUUUUCUGUUCUGGCAUCUUAGAUCAGAGAUGCAAGUGGGUGCCGUGUCCGUUCGGUUCGGCUUGAUAUUAGAAGCCUACUGUAGGGGUAGCCAGCAACACAUGCGAUCGUUGUUUAAACAAAUGGAAUGCUUGGGUAAAUUGAAGUGUGCUUCCGAACAGAUCAAACAACGGAAAGAUCGGAAAGCCGCAUUGCUAGGUUUUCUAGAGUUUAUUCAAGAGCCUCACUGCCAAGAAGCGCUCUCGAACGUACUGAAUCCGUUGGAUCCUAGUUUUCGAUGGAAACGUAUCAAAAUCGAGAAAUGUAGAGUAAUGGAUAGUAAAAUGCGACCGCUUUGGCUCGUUUUCGAAAAUACCGAUCCGUUCGGUGACGAUAUUUACUUGAUACUCAAACACGGGGACGAUUUGCGACAAGACAUGCUCACGUUGCAAAUGUUACGAAUCAUGGAUAAACUAUGGAAAAGAGAGGGUCUGGACCUGCGGAUGAAUCCUUACGGUUGUAUAUCGACGGAGAAUCGAGUUGGUAUGAUCGAAGUGGUACUAAACGCGGAAACGAUCGCGAAUAUUCAGAAAGAAAAAGGCACGUUCUCGGCGACAGCCGCCUUUAGACGAGGUUCUUUGCUCGCUUGGCUGAAAGAUCAUAAUCAUUCCGAGGGAGCGUUGAAUAGAGCUAUCGAGGAAUUCACGUUAAGUUGCGCGGGUUAUUGCGUGGCUACGUACGUGCUCGGGAUUGCGGAUAGGCAUUCGGACAAUAUAAUGGUGAAGAAAACUGGUCAACUCUUUCACGUUGAUUUUGGUCACAUACUUGGCCAUUUUAAGGAGAAAUUUGGGUUCAGGCGUGAACGCGUGCCGUUCGUGUUGACUAACGACUUUGUGCAUGUGAUAAACAAGGGUCAAACGAAAAAGGGGCAAGCUGUUGAAUUUCAACGAUUUCAGAAUUAUUGCGAGCAAGCAUUUCUCGUCUUACGCCAGCACGGUGGUUUAAUAUUGUCUUUAUUCGCAAUGAUGAUAUCGACGGGAUUGCCUGAAUUAUCCUCGGAGAAAGAUCUCAACUAUUUAAGGGACACCUUGGUACUCGAGAUGUCCGAGAGCGAGGCGCAAAAGCAUUUUAGGAGCAAAUUCGACGAGGCUCUAUGUAAUUCGUGGAAAACUUCGUUGAACUGGGCCUCGCAUAAUAUGUCGAAGAACAAUAAAACGACAUGAAUGAAUACGAUCGAAUGGAGAAUACACGAAUCGAGCAUGAAAAGGACGCGACAGAGGAACCGAAUAAAGCGAACGAAACAAGAUCAAAGAAGAAUCGAGGAGUCGUCGAUACGCUUAUUAACGAACAAGCCUCCUCGUAUCACGUUAACGUUCAAACGUUCAAGAUAGAAUGUUUGAUAAAAAAGAAGCGAGAGGAGACGAAAGAGAAAGAGUGAUCUGCGAAGGUGAUUUAUCGUUAUUCACCGUCAGUUGCCUUUCUCGUUGCUGCAUAUGGUAGCAGCGCAUCCAUACAUGGGUACACGUAAUUCUUCCCUUUUUAUUUUUCUCUCCGAUCUCCUCGUCCUGCGCGGGUAUGCCUGCACGUGCCCGUGCGUACGAUUCUUUUGUAGAUAAACCAAAUUUUCCCGAAUUCUCUUUGUCCCUUUGAUCAGGCGGACGGAAAAUGGAAGCGAAAUACGUAUACAGUACAUAUCAUCGGCCGAUAUUUAAAGAAACAGGGGAUUUUCAAAAGGAGUAAACGUCGAAAGGAACGCUUCGUGACACACCUGGUUACACCGUAUCAAAUUAACGUCGCAGUAUCGUGACUGUGUCAUUCGAGCAGCAGUUGUAUCAUUUUUCCAUACGAGGCUAGAUGGGAUCGUUUGUUUGAUGAAUCGGACAAAGCAACGAGAUGAAUCUUGGAAAUUUCAAAACCCUCUCCCCAAGUACCGUUGUAUCGAUAACAAUAAACGAAGUUAUUCUUCA